AUGGAAGCUGGACCUUCCAAACCAUCUCGCUCCUCCAGCGGCUCCGAAGCUGGCAAAUCGAACGGCGACAAGAAGCCGUACCACAGUCAGGAAGCGCUCGACAAGCAAGCCAACUCAAUAUCAGCCGCCACCUCGCUUCCACGCUCCCUCGACCGUACCACCCCCGCCGCCGUCCGAGAUGCCAAACUUCCCAAGUCAGUCACUAGCGUCAAGGAUAAGAAGCUCAAAAGCAAGCUCACACACCAACACCUUUCGCAGAAGCGUGCUGCCGAAUCGGCGCGUCUCGCCAACGAAUACCUCAACACCGCUGCACCGGGUGAAGGCGCAGGCAUGAUAGAGACUGAAGGAGAGCUCGAGAGGACUUUCAAGGUGACACAAGCGCAGAUCAAGGACAAUGUGGGCAUUGACACCGCUACCAAGGGCUUCGAGCUCAAGCUGGAUGGUGGCAAGCAGGGGGUCGGACUGGGACCAUAUAGGUGUGAUUAUACGAGGAACGGGAGGCAUCUGGUGAUUGGAGGGAGGAAAGGUCACUUGGCAGCGUUUGAUUGGCAGACAGGAAAGCUCAGCUGUGAGAUCCAGGUGAGGGAGACGGUACGAGACGUCAAGUGGCUGCACAACCACAGCUUCUUUGCAGCGGCGCAGAAGAAGUACGUCUACAUCUACGACGAUGCAGGUAUCGAAAUCCACAAGCUCAAGAACCACACCGACGUCAACCGGCUCGAAUUCUUGCCUUAUCACUUCCUGCUCGCAUCCGUCGGCGCGACCGGAUACCUCAAGUAUCAGGACACUUCCACCGGUACACUCAUAAGUCAACACCGCACCGGGCUAGGCAACUGCAACACCAUGACUCAGAACCCUCUCACGGCUGUCCUGCACCUCGGUCACACCAACGGUACCGUCACCAUGUGGACGCCGAAUCUGUCGACGCCCGCGGUCAAGAUGCUCGCGCACCGUGGACCGGUGACGGGCAUCUCGAUCGACUCCCGCAACGGUGGUCGCGACAUGGCCACCUGCGGUAUGGACGGAACCAUCAAAGUGUGGGAUACGCGCAUGCUCGGCAAAGGUCCACGUCGGGAGUGGCAAGCGCGCCGACCGGCAUCCGACCUGCAAUACUCGCAACGUGGACUGCUCGGUGUAGCCUGGGGCCCACACGUCUCGGUCUACGACACCCACGCCGCCCUCGGAAACGCCCCACCCGGGCCGUACAUCACGCAAGGCUUCCCUCGCUCCGAGCCGCUCCAAGUCAAGUUCUGCCCCUUCGAAGACGUUCUCGGCGUAGCGCAUUCAGGCGGUUUCACCAGCCUUCUCGUUCCGGGAGCGGGUGAACCCAACUUCGACUCGUCCGAACUCGACCCCUUCGAAACGCGCACCGCGCGUCGCGAACGCGAAGUCCACCAGCUGCUCGACAAGAUCUCGCCCGAGCUCAUCUCCAUCGAUCAAUCCAUCCUCGGCUCGAUCCACAUCGCCGAGACCAACGUCUCCGCUGCCGAACAGGACCGCAUCCUCUCCGAGAUCGCAAAGCGCAACCCGAACGCCGUGGCGAGGAGCGCCGAUGGAAGAGCCUACUCGCAGCUCUCGCGAAUCGAACGUAUGCAGCUCGACAAUCCGGAUGCGUCCCCGCUCGGUGGCGCGAGUGACGACGAUGAGUCUGGAAUGACCGGAUCGCUCGCAGCUAAGAUCGCAGCACACGACGGACCAGUGAAGGAGAAGAAGGAGAAAAACCGCAUGAGGGGCAAGAACAAGGCUCUCAGCAGGUAUCUGAGGAAGAAGAGGGAGAACGUCAUCGAUCCGAACAGGAUCGCCGUCAAGGCGAGGAUGGAGAAGGUGAGGAAGGAAGAGCAGCUGGCAAGGAAGAGGAAGGCUGCGGCGGGGAUCGAUCAGGACGACGAGAGCUUUUCGGCGUUGGACAUGUUCAAUAAGAGGUCGUGA